AUUCGAGACUUUGUACGAGAGAGGCGAGAGAAGAGAGAGACAAUAUUAACAGACAAUCGUCUCCCCAACCCUACAAACGAGGACUUUUGUAUUGUUGGUAUUAGAAAAUUCAAUAAACAUAAUAGUAUAUAAUAAAUCUCUUUCACAGUUUCACACAGAGACACACACCAGUAGCAGCAACAGCAGAAAAGAAGCCAAGAAGAAUAUUUGGUGGGAUUGUUUUUAUCGGACAUCGAUGCCUGAGACUCGCCACUUAAACAGGAAUGCUCAUGAGGCUGGAAGGAGAUUGAAAAAUCAGACAAGUGAGAACCAUGAUGGUGAUGGUGAUGGUGUUGUUGUUUCGUAUCCUGAUCGGCCUGGGGAGCCUGAUUGUGCCUUCUUCAUCAGGACCGGAACCUGCGGGUAUGGAGUCAAUUGUAGGUUUAAUCAUCCUUCUGACUUAGUCGAGGCGAAAGAGAAGAUUGCUCGUUUCAGAGGAGACUUGCCACUGAGAAUUGGAGAGCCGGACUGUGAGUAUUUUCUGAAGACAGGCGCAUGCAAAUAUGGACCAUCAUGCAAAUAUCAUCAUCCACCUGACAGAUAUGGCGCCGGACCAGUUGUAUUGAACAGUUUUGGUCUUCCCGUGCGGCAGGAAGAGAAGUCUUGUUCCUAUUACAUGCGCACUGGAACUUGUAAAUUUGGGGUUGCAUGCAAGUUCAAUCAUCCAGAACUUUCAUCUGCUGGAAAUGUUUUACCUGUGCUGGGCACUGCUGUGGGUGGAUCAGGUGGUUUGAUCAUUGUACCUCCAUCAGGGUUAUAUGCUGGCGGAAUCCCUUCGUGGGCGUUACUCAAUGAAGCAUAUAUAAUUAGUCCUCUAUCUCAAGGCCUAGGCUGGAAUACAUACAUGGGUGGCAUGAAUGGUCAGAUCACUCCUGCAUUGACGACAGCUAAUGUUUUACCUGAGAGACAAGAUCAACCAGUGUGCCGCCACUUCAUGAAUACUGGAGUCUGCAAAUAUGGAUCUGAUUGCAAGUACAAUCACCCAAGAGAAAAGAUUUCACAGUUAGCAGCUAGUUCCUUGGGCCCCCUUGGCCUCCCUUUGAGACCUGGCCAAGCGGUAUGUUCAUAUUACACAACAUACGGAAUCUGCAAGUAUGGUCCCACUUGUAAAUAUGAUCACCCUUUGGUGGGAUACUCGUAUGAGGGAUAUUCGUAUAAUUAUGGUACAGACUUUCCUGCAGCAUCCGUAUCAAAUUCAUCAAGCUUCCAUUAUCAGGAAAGUUUUCCUAUAAUCCAUUCAUACGAGACAUCUCCAUCCAAGUCGUCGAAGUUUCCUGAAUGGGCAGGGAAAGUUGAUGCUCCAAGCAAAAAGGAUACAGAUGUAGAGGCUGCUGAAGAAUCACCUGAACCUGCUGGAUCUCUAUCACCUUCCUCAUCACCACGAGCGGGUCUUUGACAUAGUCCUUCUCGUUUAAUCAAUUUUCCAUUUUGUGAUUCACGUGCCAUAGUUUGCUACCGAGGAUGUUGUUUAACGCGGGGUGGGGUAAUUAAUCUGUUACUUAGUUGAUGCAAAUUAAAACUUUAGGACUUAUGGUUUCCUCAGACCAUUUUUUCCUGCUGCCUUGGGGCUUUUAUUAAUUUAUAUUGACAUUUCUGCCAACACAUACAGCCAGAGACCAAGAACAUUUUUUUUUACCCUUCCAAUAAAAUGCACUGGGGAAUUUGUCUGAGAA